CAACCUUAAUUUAAAAACCCAAGAUUCAAACAUCGCAUGCUCCUUUCCGCUCAAGCCAUAGACCAAGUCCGUCAAUCUCUCUCUCUCUCUCUCUCUCUCUAAAGUAAGAGAAAGCUUUCAUUUACGUAUCGUUCGAAGGUCAGACUGUUGACGAGCGCGACGGAUGAGUCCCCGCAAAUAAAAGGAGACAAAUUGAUGUUCUGAUGCCUUGAUUUCUGUUGGGUUCGUGAGAAUCUUUCCGACCUCUGCAUUUCUCUCAUCGCGGUUCAUUCCAGAACCCAAAAGGGCUCUGCUUUUGUUUUGGGUGCUUUAGUUGGAUAUUCUUGCCACCAUUUCUCCUUCGUUCCAGCCUCUCGAGAUUUUCUUUUCAUAGCGAAAAAGAGAAAAAAGGAAGUCGAAUCGUUUCCCGUUCCUUUCCGUUCGAGCCUUUGUCUCUAUACGAACGCCAUUAAAUAACAAACCACCGACGUUUCCCGCAGAAAACUUGGGUUUCAGUUGAAACAGCGGGAGGGGGCCAAAAAAAAAAAAAAGCAGAGAAUUUUCUCCUUCCUCUUGAAACUUUCUCUGGUUUUCCGACCCUUUUCGUCCUCUGCCUCCUCUCUCCAGUCUCCACAACUGGCGUGAAUUUUGGGGCCUCUUGUUUUUGGGUUUUGAUUUAAAGUGAAGGUUCUGAGUCUUCUGACGUCGAAUCGUCACGACUGUAGAAACAGGGUGCUUGUUUCUUCAGUGUUGAUCAAAAGGAGAACGCUUUGAGUUUUCUUUAAGGUUAGUGAAAUAGCAGAGAGAGAGAGAGAGAGAGAGAAAGAGAGGGGAGAACAAUCACUUCCUUGUAACAGUUGCGUUUCGCAAUCCCUUGGAUCGUUGUUUCGGUUUUUUUUCUCCCCUUCGUUUUUCCAUUUUUUGUUUUUUUUUUGGUUUUUCGUCGUCGAAUUGCCAACGAAGAAGAGAAGAAUCUUAGUGUCCUAAAAAAUAGCUGUCCGAAAGAGUCAAAAAAUAGUAUUUACUCGUCAAGCCCGUCUUUUUGGGCCGAUCAUUUUGUGUUUUUAGAGGGAAAAAUUAGUAUCCCGAUAAUCUCUCCCUCCCCUUCCCAAAUUCUCCCUCUGUUUUUCCUCUGUUUCUCUCCAUUUUCUGGGUUUGGAGAGAGAAGUUGAUUUCAAGAAAAACCUCUCUCUCUCUCUCUCUCUCUCUCAAAUUAUGGUCGUUGGCAAGGACUUGAUGCAAUCGAAUCUGGAUUGCUUCCUCCGAUGCAUAACGCCAGUCGUGCAAUCCCAAUCCCUACCCAAGACUGAGAUUAGGAACCUUAAUCGUUUGUGGCACCCCUGGGAGAGGGAAAAGAUAGAGUAUUUCACAUUGAGUGAUCUCUGGCGUUGUUACGAUGAAUGGAGCGCCUACGGGGCCGGUGUUCCGAUCGUCAUGAGCGGUGGAGAGACCUUAGUUCAGUACUAUGUGCCCUAUCUCUCGGCUAUACAGAUCUUCACCAGCAGUUCCUACGUGAACAGGGAGGAGGCUGAUUCCAGGGAUUGUGAGACGAGGGACUCGUUCAGCGACUCCUGCAGCGAAGAGAGCGAGAGCGAGAAACUAUCGAGGACGGAUGGAUGUUCGUCCGAAGAAGGUGGGUUCGAUCAAGACACGCUAUGGCAUCUGAAUGACAGAUUGGGCUACCUCUAUUUCCAAUACUUUGAAAGAUCGGCUCCUUAUGCUAGGGUCCCUUUGAUGGAUAAGAUAAAUGGACUCGCCAAAAAGUAUCCUGGUUUGAUGUCUUUAAGGAGUGUAGAUCUUUCUCCUGCCAGCUGGAUGUCAGUGGCUUGGUACCCAAUCUAUCAUAUUCCCAUGGGAAGGACCAUAAAGGACUUGUCCACAUGCUUCCUCACAUACCACACCCUUUCCUCUUCAUUCCAAGAUAUGGACCUCGAGGACGACGUCGAUUGUGCUCAGAGGAAGCGAAAGGAAGGGGAAGGCAUCGGCCUCCCUCCAUUUGGGCUGGCCACUUACAAGAUGCAGGGCAAUGUGUGGGUCUCGGGCAAGAGUGGCCGGGACCAGGAGAGGCUGAUGUCGCUGUUGAGCGUGGCAGAUUCGUGGCUGAAGCAGCUCAGGGUCCAGCACCACGACUUCGACUACUUCAUGGGGAUUCGGCGUGGCUAAAGCAUCAACUUGCAUGAAAACGUACACUCCGGAAUAGAUGCAGAAUUGACCCGUGGAAAAGAGGAAGAGAUAAAACAGAGGACCCUUUUUCGGGGAUCCGGCGUGUUAGGUUAACCACGAUCUCAAGAUGAGCCGUGUUCGAGGAAGGCGAAUUCAGCUGCCCAAACCUAUGUGAGACAUGAACGCGAUGUUUGUUGAGUUUGAGGGUUGUGUUUGGUUUUUCGGUUUCUAACCGCUGUGGAGUAUCUUAGUAGUUUGUAGGCUUGAGUUCCGGUGAUGCAGAGUGGGUUUGGAUCUGAGAAAAUAGGAAAAAAAAGUAGGAGAAAAGAAGAGGACGACUUUGAUUUGUGAAUUGUGUAGCUCUUCUGUACUGGUGGGAUGGAUCUGACUAUGACUCUCACAGGAUCAUGAGCGUAGUGGAUAGUCUGUUGCUUUCUGGCAUUUGUUGUAAAGAGGAAAAGCGGGGGUAAAACAAUGAAAAUCAGGGUAUAGUUUCGCGAA